CGUUAUGCGUGUCUCCGUUCCUGUGUUGGCCCUGGCCUUUGGCUCCCUGGCCGCUGCCGCCCCCAACGCUGGGCGUCGAACUUGUGGCUCUGUACCACCUCCAGAAUUCUUUGAAGCGUCAGAAAAAGUCGCUGCUCUGGAAGAAAGCGGAGCGUUCGCCGAUUUGCAGGCCCCUAUUGAGGUCGAGACUUAUUUCCAUGUCGUCGCUUCGAGUAGAUCAGAGCGUGAUGGUUACAUCAGCGAUCAAAUGUUGUCCGACCAAAUCCGGGUCAUGAAUGAGGACUAUGCCCCUCACGGAGUUCAUUUCAACUUGCGAGAAACGACCAGAACGAUCAAUCCAAGCUGGGCUUCAGACGGAAAUGAGAUUGCCAUGAAGCGCUCUCUCCGCAAAGGAGGCUACGCUGCUCUUAAUGUUUACUUCUUGAAGGACCUUGGUGGAGCGUUGGGGUAUUGCUACUUCCCCACCAAUGCCGCUCCCGGCUCGACCACCUUCAUCCGUGAUGGAUGCUCUGUUCUGUCCUCUAGUGUGCCCGGUGGCAGCGGAGCCCCUUACGACCUGGGCAAAACAGCCACCCACGAGGUUGGCCACUGGAUGGGUCUCUUCCACACCUUCCAAGGUGGCUGCUCUGGACAGGGUGACUACGUCAGCGACACCCCACCCCAGCGCAGCCCAAGCUCCGGCUGCCCUGUUGGCCGUGAUUCGUGCCCCGGUGGUGGUGUUGACCCAAUCCACAACUACAUGGACUACUCUGUUGACUCCUGCAUGAACCAAUUCACCAGAGGCCAGGGUACUCGUAUGAGCUCUAUGUGGAGACAGUUCCGUGCCGGAAAAUAAUCUGUCAUGAUUGAGCCAGAUCGGAGCCCAGAAUCCAUUUGAUAUUUUCAUGUACAUAGUUGAUGUCAAUGUGAAUUGAGAUUUUGGAUAGACA